AUGGAUCUUCGCCCCCACAUUGGGGUCCUGGAGAGCUCGUCCUUUGAGGCGGUUGUGAACCGACGAAGGGGUAGUUCAACAACGGAGCUCCGACGGAGCUUGGACCCUCUUGCCGAGCAACCCAGCGCGGCGAAUCCGCACUUCCUUCCCAUUCGGCCUAGACUUGUCCAUCUUGCCCACCUUUCCUACACGAUGGCUGACUCGGAUGAGGAAUACGUGGGGGAUGUGACCGAGGAUGAGGACAAUUUUCCGGUCGCCCGAAAUGAUCGUACUCGCUCCGGGAAGCGAAAGCAGCGCGGCGGCGCAGAGUGGGAGCUCUCAAGAACCUGGGAGACUCUUGUGGAGGGCGCGGAUGGAACAAUUAGCUCCACGGUCGAAGGGCUCCUAGAAGCCGGGAAGCGAAAGAGGUUGUUGAAAGAUACGACUCCUCUACAGCGCGGCAUUAUACGACAUGUCAUCCUGAUUCUCGACCUUUCACAGUCUAUGUCCGAGAAAGACUUGCGGCCCACGCGAUACCUCUUGACACUCCGAUACGCGCAGGAAUUCGUGCGAGAAUUUUUUGAGCAGAAUCCCAUCUCCCAACUCGGAGUCCUCGGGCUACGAGAUGGUCUGGCUCUCCGAGUAAGCGAUAUGAGCGGCAAUCCAACCGAACACCUUACGGCCAUUCAGUCACUCAAACCUCAGGACCCGAAAGGUCUGCCCAGCCUACAGAAUGGUCUCGAGAUGGCUCGAGGUGCCCUCUUCCAUACUCCUAGCCAUGGUACUAGAGAGGUGCUGGUCAUUUUCGGCUCCCUCCUCUCUUCCGAUCCUGGAGACAUACAUCAGACAAUCAAUACUUUGAUCAGCGAUCAAGUGCGAGUCCGGAUUGUCGGACUCGCCGCCCAGGUGGCUAUCUGUCGUGAACUGUGCAUCAGAACGAAUGGUGGCGAUGAAACCGCAUAUGGAGUUGCGCUUAAUGAGCAACAUUUUCGGGAAUUAAUGAUGGACGUGACAACACCCCCGCCUUCAUAUUCGCAGAAACAAUCGGCAAGCUCAUUGUUGAUGAUGGGCUUUCCCUCGCGGACCGUGGAGGCCCGUCCAUCACUCUGCGCAUGUCACUCGAAACCGUCACGAGGCGGGUAUCUGUGCUCGCGAUGCGGCAGCAAAGUAUGUAGCUUGCCUGCGGAGUGCCCCUCCUGUGGGCUCACACUUAUUCUUUCGACACAUCUUGCACGCUCGUAUCACCACCUCUUUCCUCUGAUGAACUGGGCUGAGGUCUUGUGGCGCCAAGCCUCCCGAAGCUCCGCUUGUUUUGCCUGCGGGCUUCCUUUCCCGGUGGUGCCUCCCGAAGAUCAAUGGCAAGCCACUGAGACUCACGCCAAGGGAAUGAGUCCCUCCUCCUCUCAGACCCCAGAUUCCUUCGAGAAGCUGUAUUCUUAUCCGUUCCAAGCGGAUCCCGAGUUCUCAAAUGGCCUCGCUAUCAUUCUCGGCCAUCCGGGCACCCCCGCCACUCAGGAGGAGAUGGAUCGAGAUGACGAUCUCGUGAUUCAGGCCAAGUGCUUCUUCUUCUCGCGGUACUAUGCCCCAUGUUACUUUGAUAUUCCUCUUCUUUUACUGAUUUCAUCGCAUAGAAAAGAGAACCUCAACCCCCCCAUUGACUUCGCUGCCUACAGAACCUGGUUACAUACGCGGUCAACGGACGUGCAGAUAGCUACACCAGACUCUUCGCUGCGGCCAGGCGAAACAGAAUCAUCAUUGGAAGCGAAUGUACCCGACGCCGAGAUUGAGACGCCUCCGGAACCUGCUUACCCGUCUUCAUUCGCACAUAUCGUGGAGCUCAUUACGACAGGGCAGCCAAUUCCGGGAAUUGAACAGAUUCCGGACACGGUGUUGAGCGGACAUGACACUGCGAGCGAGAAGCCUCAGCGACGGAAACCAUGGGAGGGAGAAGUUACAGAGCCCUCCUUGAGCGAAACUCCGAAAGAGGCUUUCUAA